AGAUCAAAUUUGUUUUUCAGUAGUCUAUACGUCUCCCGCUCCAGGACAGUUUGGAUCCCCAACUCCCUCUCCUAGUGCUGGACAGUUUGGAUCCCCAACUCCCUCACCUAGUGCUGGACAGUUUGGAUCCCCAACUCCCUCACCUAGUGCUGGACAGUUUGGAUCCCCAACUCCUGGUUCUAGUCAGCCAUGUGUCUCUGGAUGGUCCUCGUGGAUAAAUGAACAUUCUCCAGUGGGCACUGAUGGUGAUAAUGAGAAGAUGAGUAAAGAAGAACUAGCCAAGUUUUGCCCCAAUGGAAAAAUCACAGACAUCCAGUGUAUUGACGCACAAACUGGAGAUGAUUCAACCAGUCUGGCAGAAGCCUCCUGUACUGUGGAGGGAGGACUUUCAUGUACAAGCCUUCCUUUCCCUGGCAUCCCUCCUUGUCAUGACUACAAGAUCAGAUACAUGUGCACCUGUUCAGCUAACCCAACACCUAGUGCUGGACAGUUUGGAUCCCCAACUCCCUCACCUAGUGCUGGACAGUUUGGAUCCCCAACUCCCUCACCUAGUGCUGGACAGUUUGGAUCCCCAACUCCCUCACCUAGUGCCGGACAGUUUGGUUCCCCAACUCCUGGUUCUAGUCAGCCAUGUGUCUCUGGAUGGUCCUCAUGGAUAAAUGAACAUUCUCCAGUGGGUACUGAUGGUGAUAGUGAGAAGAUGAGUAAAGAAGAACUAGCCAAAUUUUGCCCCAAUGGAAAAAUCACAGACAUCCAGUGUAUUGACGCACAAACUGGAGAUGAUUCAACCAGUCUGGCAGAAGCUUCCUGUACUGUGGAGGGAGGACUUUCAUGUACAAGCCUUCCUUUCCCUGGCAUCCCUCCUUGUCAUGACUACAAGAUCAGAUACAUGUGCACCUGUUCAGCUAACCCAACACCUAGUGCUGGACAGUUUGGAUCCCCGACUCCCUCACCUAGUGCUGGACAGUUUGGAUCCCCAACUCCCUCACCUAGUGCUGGACAGUUUGGAUCCCCAACUCCCUCACCUAGUGCCGGACAGUUUGGAUCCCCAACUCCCUCACCUAGUGCUGGACAGUUUGGAUCCCCAACUCCCUCUCCAAGUGCUGGACAGUUUGGAUCCCCAACUCCCUCACCUAGUGCCGGACAGUUUGGUUCCCCAACUCCUGGUUCUAGUCAGCCAUGUGUCUCUGGAUGGUCCUCAUGGAUAAAUGAACAUUCUCCAGUGGGCACUGAUGGUGAUAGUGAGAAAAUGAGUAAAGAAGAACUUGCCAAGUUUUGCCCCAAUGGAAAAAUCACAGACAUCCAGUGUAUUGACGCACAAACUGGAGAUGAUUCAACCAGUCUGGCAGAAGCUUCCUGUACUGUGGAGGGAGGACUUUCAUGUACAAGCCUUCCUUUCCCUGGCAUCCCUCCUUGUCAUGACUACAAGAUCAGAUACAUGUGC